GCUUUCUCUGUUUCACGUCUCUGUAUCCGAUCCCAGCGCAGAGGAGAUACCCCCUCCUCGCCCAGUCUUGUCUCUCUGAUGAAUCUACAUCCAUUCGCGACGAAAAAACUCAUCCCCAUAUGACUUGGCUUGGACUUAAAGGCGCGCGGCUGUGUUGCGUAAAAGCGCAGUGAACAUGCCGAAGACGGCGUCUUCCAGAGUGUCAUCCUUUUUUAUUGAGAACCUGCUUUCCACUGCGCGCACUGAGGACAAAUCGGAGCGAGGCGACGAUGAAGCUGUCGCGGGUCCAUCACUGACAGCCUCAAACACCGAUACAAUCGCUCCACUGUCAGAGGGCUCAGUGUCAGCUGCCCGCUCCACGCGCACAGACUCACCGCUGGAGUGGUACCGUCCGAGUGUUGUCCCGAUCUUCGGAGUUUCGCAAACAGCCCAUAGUCCACAGGACACCUCUAACCCAGAGGAGCAAUUGUCUUCUGUGUCGCCUUGUGGGAGAACUUCUCCAGAGUCCAUAACCGAGGGCAGUGAUGAGACGGACAGAAGGAGCAGUGAGAACAGCCCACUGGAGGAUGGAGAGGACGCACAAAGCAGCCGUGAUAGUCGUCUGGAUCAGGGAUCCUGUCGCAAAAAGAAAACCCGCACGGUGUUCAGCCGCGGCCAGGUGUUCCAGCUGGAGUCCACCUUUGACGUGAAGCGCUAUCUGAGCAGCACUGAGCGGGCGGGCCUAGCCGCAACGCUGCAGCUCACAGAGACCCAGGUCAAGAUCUGGUUCCAAAACCGCAGGAACAAGUGGAAAAGGCAACUGGCGGCGGACCUGGAGGUGUCUCACUUCCCCAACAACGGACAGCGCAUAGUGAGAGUGCCCAUCCUGUACCACGAAGGUCCAACGUCCACUGGCUCUCUGGGGCUUAGCCUGAACGGGCCGCACGUGUCCCCGGUGCCGGGCUUCGCCAACUCUAUCAGCUACCCACUGUCCUCUUUCGCACAGUCCAUGAACGUGCUGAGGUCUCAGAUGUCCGGCCUGGUCUAA